AUUAUUGUUUCACAACAAUAACUAAAUCGGCUCAUGUUGUCACUGUUCAAUGUUCAGCACAAACAACACCAAAUCAUAUAUUAGAUAAAUUAAUGCAAUAUUGUAUUUGUGUUGUAAGUACAACGUCGAAAAUGUCUAGUGGACGUGUAUUACGACCGAAAGAAGGUGAACAACUUAUUUUAUAUUUACGUGAUCUUAAUCUACCAAAACCAGAUAAAUGGGGAUCAUGUCAAUUGAUUGCAUUUUUACAACAAAUACUUACUUAUCAAGGAUAUUAUGAUUCCAGUAGUUUAGAAUUUAUUGGUAUUGAAGGAAUUCAAUUUGUUGGCAGUUUUACACCAUCUUCCAUAUCAAUGGGACCUGGACGUUAUACCCUAUCGAAACGAUUCACAUCAGCAUUACGUUUAACUGUAAUAAAUUAUCCUGACAAAGAUCAGCUGAUCACUAUAUACGACUGUUUAUUACAAGCGGUAAUUUUUUCCAAAUUACAAGUUAACAAUCCAGCUGCGCAUAAAACACUACUGAUUAAUCCAGCUAGAAUACACAAUAUGUCCACCAUAAUGAUUCAAACAUUAACCGAAUUACAACAGAAAUUUCGUGCUGAUGAAUAUGCACAUUGUGUAUUCACGCCUCAUUUAUUAACUCAAUGGAUCACAGGAUUGUUACGUUAUGAUUUAAGCGUAUCAAUGAAUUAUUAUCUAUGGGCAGUAUUUGGUUAUGAAGCAAAACGUUUAUUUCGUGAUUGUGUACCCGGGGAAAAUGCACGUCAACAAUUCGAUGCACUGUUCCAAAAAAUUCUUUGUAAUAAUUUAAAUGCAAUUGAUCCGGUGGACGAUAUGCAUAAUAAACGAAAAAAACAUGACUGGGAAUCCAAUGAAAAGCAUGAUGAUGAAGUACAAAUCACCUUGAAAAUGGCCACAGAAGAUUUUGAAUCGAUAGAAAAUGAUGUAGAACGAAGCAAACAUUUAAACAAUCAUCAUCAUGCUAAUGCUAAUAACGAUGACGAUCAUCAUCUUCUGAAACAAGCCGUGUGUUGUUGGUUUGUCACAUGGAGUGGUAAGCAUCAAUCACCACCGAAUAGUCCAAUGCCAUUGUAUGGUCGACCGCUGGGAUCGAUCACGUAUACACCGAUGAAAGAGAUCAUUUUGAAAGCAAUCAAACAAUUAGCUAGAGAGAAAUCACCACAAGCUGAAAAUUGGAUAUUAUUCCCAGAUUUCCUAGAUUACAUAUGUCGUAUUGAUCGUGUGCUUAGUCGACCGUCAGGAUCAUUAUUACUAGCCGGUAGAUCUGGUAUAGGUCGUCGAUCUGCUCUCAGUAUCGUUGCUCAUAUGCAUCAAUUGAAUAGUUUUCGUCUAUCGAUCGGUCGUAAUUAUCAAAUGCGUCAAUUUAUGAAUGAUUUAAAAAUAGUCUGUCAAUCAGCUGGCAUUGAAAAUCAACCAACUUUGUUAAUCAUUGAAGAUUAUCAAUUGAAAAAUGAUUAUUACUUAGAAAUUAUUAAUAGUCUGCUGGCAUGUGGUGAAGUAAGCAGUUUAAUUAGUGCUGAUGAAUUAGAAACGCUUAUUGCAUCGAAUGUUACAUCAAAGAGUGGUGAGAAUUUCAAGGAACAAGCAGCUGAAGCUGGACAUCGGGGACCAUUGACAGCAUUCUUCGCCGAACGUAUACAUAGAAAUCUUCAUGUCGCAAUUAUAUUAGAUAUAGAUGACAAUGAAUUAUUCAAUCAUUGGUUACAAUCUAAUCCGUCGUUUUAUAAAUAUUGUUCUGUACAAUGGAUGGAUUGUUGGUCUAAGUGUAGUUUAUUUCAAAUCCCGAAAUUAUUAAUACCGAAAUUGUGUAUACCGAAAAAUGUAAAGAAUUUUGCUCAAGCCUGUAUUAAUAUUCAUCAUUCUGCACCUUAUCCACAAAUGAUGUCACCGACACCACGUCAUUUCAUGUCACUGUGCACUACUUACGCUAGACUGGAACAAAGCCGUCGACAAAAAUUACAAUCCGAAGUGGAACGGUUGAAUAGUGGAUUAAUUAAGUUGAAAGAAGCACGUGAACGUGUAACACAAUUGAAAAAACAUGCAGUUGAACAAGAUACACUAUUAGUUGAAAAACAAGCGGAAGCUGAUAAAGCUUUAGAACAAAUCAGUGCUGCAAUACAGGGUGCAGCUGAACAGCGAUCAGAAAUGGAAAAAUUACAAAGUCGUACAACUGAUGAAUCUAUUCGUUUAGAACGUCGGAAAUCCGAGAUCGAUGCAGAACUCAAUGAAAUUGAACCAUUACUUCAUCAAGCUAGAUCGGCUGUUGGAAAUAUUAAAUCAGAAUCUUUAUCGGAAAUACGAGCAUUACGUGCACCACCAGAUAUUAUACGUGAUAUCUUAGAAGGUGUUCUAUUACUUAUGGGUAUACAUGAUACAUCAUGGGUUAGUAUGCGUGGAUUUCUAGCGAAACGAGGAGUUCAAGAGGAAAUAUUGAAUUUUGAUGUUAGAAAAAUUACACCGGAAUUACGUCUUAGUGUUGAACAGUUGUUAGCAAAAAAUCAAGAGUCGUUUGAUCCACGG